AACGCUCAACGCUGACAAGCGACAGAUCUUGGAUAUGCUUUAGGUUCUGUGUUUAUAAUUGUUAUUUGUUAAUAUUCAAGUUUGUUUUGUGGUUGUUUCUGCAAUUCGUAUUAAACAUAUUCUGUAUUAGGCACUAGUUGUUGACUACUUACAUUGUAUCUUAUUUUUGGUAGUAAUCUUCCAAAUGGAGACAAUUAAAGCGAAUGCAGCAUUCCUGUGUAAUUUCGAAGUGAUGCAAAUAUUACAGCAACUUAAAGAUAGUACACAGAAGAAACACAAACGAGAAGGAUCAUUAGCCACUGUCACAUACGAGACAGUACACUACCUUCAAGACACAGACUGUAAGAAACAGACUGCACAGUCUAUACAGAGCUUUCUAGAAGCCAUGAAGAAGUUCAAAUUGACAAAGACUGAGAAACUGAUGAUGGUCAACACGCCACCGAGAACAGAGCUGGAGAUUCAGUUGAUUGUUCAAGAAAGCGAGGAGCGUCUAUCAGAAGAUGAAGUCCGUCAAAUUAUCGAGCUAGUCAAUGAGUUCCUGCCACCGAAUGAUAGCAUUUGACAACCAAAAGCGGGGUCUAGCGCCGAGACUACUACUGAGACUACUGAGUAAUAUCUUGUAACCAAAACAAGAUUAUUGUAAAAACUAACUUAUUUAAGGUGGAAGAACCUUGUGCCCAUACGAUUGUAUGAAAAAUAUUUGUAUAUGUACACUUAUUCAUAAAAUACUAGAUUACUUGCUGUAUUUUAUGUUUUCCUAGGUAUCAUAAUUUAUAUAUUUAUAAUAAAAUGCAUGUACCUAUAGUUGUUUGCAUUUAAGAAAGACAUUAAAUUUGUUAAUGCUUGAUAGUGAGAUCA